GGGCCGGGCCGGGCCGGAGGCGCGCGGAGCGGCCCCACCCAGAGAGAGCCGAGCCGAGCCGAGCCGAGCCGGACCGGACGGCGGGCGGGCGGCAGCAUGCUGGCGCUGUUCACCAAGCUGCUGGACUGGUUCCGGGCGCUGUUCUGGAAGGAGGAGAUGGAGCUCACCCUGGUGGGGCUGCAGUACUCGGGCAAGACCACCUUCGUCAACGUGAUCGCGUCGGGGCAGUUCAAUGAAGACAUGAUCCCAACGGUGGGCUUCAACAUGAGGAAGAUCACCAAGGGAAACGUCACCAUAAAGCUCUGGGACAUCGGCGGUCAGCCUCGUUUCCGUAGCAUGUGGGAGCGAUACUGCCGCGGAGUCAGUGCUAUUGUGUACAUGGUGGAUGCUGCAGACCAGGAGAAGAUCGAGGCUUCAAAGAACGAACUUCACAACCUGCUUGACAAGCCACAGCUCCAAGGCAUCCCUGUUCUAGUGCUUGGGAACAAGCGAGAUCUCGUUGGUGCCUUGGAUGAGAAAGAGCUUAUUGAGAAGAUGAACCUGUCUGCCAUCCAAGAUCGAGAGAUUUGUUGCUAUUCCAUCUCCUGCAAAGAAAAGGACAACAUUGACAUCACCCUACAGUGGCUUAUUCAGCACUCAAAGUCCAGGAGAAGCUGAGAGCCCUGGGACCGCGCCUCGGAGCGGGGAAGAUGCCAUUGUCCAAGCCCCCUUCUCUGUCCCCUGCUCUCUGUCCCUCUCUCUCCAUCUCUCUCUCUAGAUGGGUAUUUUUAGGGGACCCCAGGCUCUGCUCCUGCUGAGACGGAGCUCCUGUUUUUAUUGUAAAGAAGCUGUCGGACUCCUCUGUCUCUCUCCCCCUCUCGUUUUGGCACUGUUCUGUUGUGGUCGAUGUGUAUACAGUAUAUAUAUAUAUAUGUAUAUAUAUAUUUUAAUUUAAGCAAUUACGCUGUUACUAAACUGGGCCCCGUGACCUGUAGAAGUGCUGGAGGUGGUUGAGCCCCCAAGGCAGUAUUGGGAGGGUGGCGUGGGAGCGGAGUGGCUUGACUGGGUUCAUGCUGAACGCAGGCUCCCAUGGGGGUGUCCCUCCAACCCUGAGGUCCUUGGGCCCCUCUGGUAUCUUCACUAGGUCCGGUUCCCCCUCCUUCCCCCCGCCCCCAAACCUCUGGAGCUCCCACUGCCCCAUGCCCACCCCCAUUUUCCGUGUUGCAUGUGGACACGGCCCUGGGGGGCAGGGCAAUGGGGGUGUUUGAGGCCAGCAGUCUUGACCAGGCUGUGGGGAGUCAGUGCUGUGCCCGUCUGCAGAGCUACCCCUCCUGCCCCUAGCCCUCUGCCCUUUCCUCAGGCACUCGGCCUUGCAAUCCCAUGCUCAGGCAGGGAUUGGGCACUGGCUGGGAGAGGCAGGGGCAACUCCCUCCCUCCCUAUCCUCUCCCCUUCCUGCAACCCAGGCCCCAAAGUCUCCACAAGUGACUCACUCCUGCCCGUUCCCCUGGCUGUGGAGGAAGGUGGGGGCACUCUGCAAUUCCCCCAGGUUGCUUUGGGGGUUCUCCAGCUCCUUAGAAGCUCUCUGGGUGGGACGAGCUGUGCAGCAUGGGGGUGAGCUGGUACCUGCGGGCCAGUGACCAGCGUCUGGGGAAUGCUCUCUGUGCCCAGAGCUGUAGCACCUGCUGACCCAGGUCGUGCCCAGGCCCAUGCAGAGGGGUGAUGUGCAGCACGCACUCACCUGCCCUCUUGUGACCUGUGCCAUUGGCUCUGCCGUGGGGCCAGGCCCCCCUUUGCUUAGUGGAGGGGUCAUCGCUGUUGCAAUUGCUGUAGAACUGAAGCCAAGGACAAAGCUCUCGGGAAGGUCCUUCCCCUUCCCUCCCGCCCCCCCGCUCCUGAGUCCGGGAGCAGGGUUCCCCUCCUGCUGCAGCACGGGGGUGUCUGCCCCAGUUCAUCUGCAUGUCUCAUACCCGGGAGAUCAGGGGCUCAGGCUCUGGGGAGCCAGAGAUGGGAAAACCCCUUCUGGUCUUGUCCAUCUCCGUGGGCCCAGGGUGGGAUUGUGCCCUGCAGAGGAGCUCUCCACCUUGGCUUCUGGGUUUAGGGGCAGGGCUCUCCCUUCCCCAAGAGGGUCCCUGUGUUGAAGAUUGGCAGCCAGAGACCCCCACCCCACCUCUUGUGAGUUCAGGAGGUUUAGAUAUCUCUGCUCUGCCCCCAGUCUGGAAGUGAGGGGGGCUUGCCCUGUGCUCCAAGUUCCGGCAGUGGGGCUUCCUUAUGCCCACCCCCUACAGUGCUGGGUGUGGGCUCCCCCUUGCUUGAUGUGCUGCUCCCUGCCAUUCCAGUGGUGUGCAUGUUGGGAGGAGGGCUCGCCCUUGGGGAGGGGUGCAGCAGGAGGGGCAUGUCUGGCUGCCCACAGUCUCAGCCCAGCAGAGCUGCUCUGAAAGGUGCCAGGGCUGCUGAGCAAAGCGCCCCGGGCCUGUGUUCCCAACCCAGGGCUGUUCACUCAGGGCUCUCGUGGACUAGAAACAAGCUGGCCGACUGUGUCAGACUGCUGCCUCCACCUCUGUCCCAGCCCAGAGGGGGCACAGCCGGGAGUGCUGGCACAGGGGCACGUCGAGGGGGUGUUGACCUCUCUCCUACUACGCAGGGGCCAGAGGAAAGGCCUGUCUCAGUGGAACAGCAGGGCUGAUGGGCCGUGUGUGAUGUCAAGGUGGAAUUCCUUGCCCUCUACAGCCCAGG